AUGGAUAUGCCGUUUUGGAGCCUGCUUCUGAUAUUUUUAAGUCGAAAUGUUGUGGUGGGGGCUCCUCCUCCUCCACUUUUCCCAGCAAUGUUUGUGUUUGGAGAUUCCCUUGUUGAUGAUGGCAAUAACAACUACCUCAAUUCUCUGGCAAAAGCCAACUACGUUCCUUAUGGAAUCGAUUUCCCAGGUGGUCCAACUGGCAGAUUCAGUAAUGGCAAAACGCUGAUAGAUCUUCUGGGGGAAUUGCUGGGUCUUCCUUAUCUUCCAGCUUUUGCAAAUACUCUCUCAGAAGGAAGCAAUAUUUCUGCUGGUGUAAACUAUGCUUCAGCAGCGUCUGGGUUUCUUGAUGAGACAGGAUCCAAUCUGGGAGAUCAUGUUACCAUUGGCCAACAGGUCCGGAAUUUUGAAACAACCUUGAAGCAGCUGAAAAACCAAAUGGGCGACACCAAUCUAAGUCAGCAUUUAGCAAAGUCAUUGGUUGUUGUCCACCUUGGAAGCAAUGAUUACAUAAAUAACUAUCUCUUACCAGAAUUAUAUGGAACAAGCUUGAUCUAUAAUCCUCCAGACUAUGCUGAUCUCCUCAUAGGCCUUUACAAGAAGUUACUUUUGGACCUGCACAAUUUGGGACUAAGAAAAUUCUUGUUGGGAGCUGUUGGACCACUUGGGUGCAUACCAAAUCAGCUAGCCACAGGCCUUGUGCCACCCGGACAAUGCAGAUUUGUGGUGAAUGAAAUAGUUUCUAUGUUCAAUGAUAGGUUGAAAUCGUUGGUCAAACAGCUCAAUUCAGAUCACCAGGGGUCCAUUUUUGUCUAUGGCAACUCUUUUGGAGCUUUCAGUGACAUAAUAAAUCACCCAAACACAUAUGGGCUUAGUGUGGUUGAUAGAGCAUGCUGUGGAGUUGGAAUGAGGCAAGGACAAAUAACAUGCCUGCCUCUGUCAGUUCCAUGCCCAAACAGAGACCAAUUUGUGUUUUGGGAUGCCUUUCAUCCUACUCAAGCCGUCCAUGAAGUUCUUGCUCAUAAGGCCUUUUCAGGACCCCUCUCUGAUUGCUAUCCUGUUAAUGUGCAGCAAAUGGCUGCCAUGUAG